GUAGUCCUGACAAUCUGACAUCGAACGCCGGCCAUGAUUGCACACGAUUCAUCAUGUGCAAAUUACCAAAUUCAACGUUUUUGAACGUUCUCAAGCGUGUUCCGUCGUUUGAAAUCGUAGUUUCAUCGCGCUGACAUUACUAAGUAUAUAAACUUGCGAUCGUUCCACUCCUAACAUCCGUGAAGUGACCAUCUGCGUGAGUGAACGUGUGCUGGAACCCCCGCAUCUUCAACUACGAAAGCUUUAUCAGUUCAUAAAUUUUGUGUUGCCAGAAAGCCUCCCGUCUCUUCAAGGCUGAUCUGACUGUGAGAUAUCGUUAGCACUGCAUUUAGGAGGUACCAGCAUCUCUGAUUGGAAUAAAGAUUACCUAUGACAAACUUCCUUGGAAAUAUAAGUCACAAUGUUUCUUGAUCACUGGAAGAGCCCUCGCAGUUGAUUUCCGUCCAUCGUUUCAGUGUGCCUGAUCAUCCCAUCUUACACUAACACAGAGUCGUAUCAAAUGUGUCAUCAGAGAAGGACUUGAAAUUGAAUGUUAAGAUGACCACCUGCGAUCAGCUAUCCUCCAAAGAUUCUAACUCCACAACUAUCACUAUCUUUUCGUUAAAUUGUUGGGGCAUAUUCCUCCUUUCCAAGGAUCGAGUCCCACGAAUGCAAGCAAUCGCUGCGCACUUGGUCGAGAAGAAGUAUGACUUUGUCUGUUUGCAGGAAGUAUGGGUUGAAGAUGACUUCCAACUAAUUAAAGAGGAAACGCAGAACAUCCUACCGUAUUCACAGUACUUUUACAGUGGGUUUGUGGGCUCUGGAGUCUGUAUUUUCUCUCGCUGGCCAAUCAAGGAAGUGCUUUUUCAUCAGUGGCAACUGAAUGGUUACUUCCAUAAAGUCAUGCAUGCAGACUUUUUUGGCGGGAAAGGUAUCGCUUUCAUUCAAUGCGUCAUUAAGGGAAUCAAAAUCAACAUUUAUUCUGUACAUCUCCACGCAGAGUAUAGUACACACAGUGAUGAAUAUUUAUGCCAUCGAAUCAUUCAAGCAUUCGACCUGUCACAAUUUAUUCGAAUCACAUCUCAAAAUGCUGAUUUGGCGAUCCUGGCCGGUGAUUUGAACUCCCAGCCAUCUCAGCUCAGUUACCAAUUGAUACUUACCAACAGUAAUAUGUGUGAUGCUUCUGAACAGGCUAAUGAAUCGGAGCUAGGAACUUUCAACCAUACAAGGAAUAGCUACAGGAAUCUGAAGUAUCAAGUAGACCAAAAGAUUGACCACAUACUGUAUAAAAUAUGUUCGCCUCACAAGGUUCAGUUCCUUUCGUAUGCACAGCCUCUCUCUGAUUUAGUCAGCAACGAGAGUUUUAGUCAUUCUGAUCAUGAAGCAAUCACCGCCACCUUCCGGCUUUCUCAGCCAUCUGGAGACUUUUCUGAUUCAUUUGUUGAGGAAGAGAACAAGCUCCAGCACGAAUAUUUGGAGGAAGCGAUAAUGAUCUGCGAAUCAGCCCUCAGAAAACUGAACAAAGACAAAGCAUGGUAUUACGGAGCUGUCACUGUGAUCUUCAUCGCUCUACUUCUAGUCUACCAGACGGAACUUCCGUUCACGUACAUCAAAGUUUUCAAUAGUUUACUCUUUAUUUCGGCCGUAUUCAUUAUAUUUUUUGGCUUCAUGGCCUUGUUUUGGACCACGAUGGAAUCCAAUGGAAUCAAAAGUGGUUAUCAUUGUAUGAAAAUUGCUGCUAGUAGAACAGAGAAGAAGCAUCUAAGUUGAGUUGAAGGACAGGACAGCGUAAUGGCUCACUGCAGUGCAAAAGAUUAGAAAUGCAUGAGAUGAAGGCGCGUAAAAAAAUCCCUAGGCACAGGUCAUCCAAGGGAGACCAAGGGAUUUGCAGCUUAAGGGUGGAGCAGCUUGCGGAAGCAGCAGUACUAAAAAAAAUGAGGUGCAAUUAUUGUAAUAAUAGUUACGAUUCUUUGGGAGGGACACAGAGCAAAGCUUUAAAUAUGCUCAAAAUUUUCUUCUACGAUGUUCACAACUACACUUGACUGGAAAUGUCGGAAAUUUUGAAAAUUGGAUGUUUGUGAAAGAACCGUUCAUGACCAGAGAGUUAGGUUUUCAAAAGUCAUUGUGGUUCCUUUUUCCUCAGACGGUCAUAAUAUCCACUCAGAUUUAAGGCAGUUCUUGAGUGAAUCUACUUUUUCAAUGAUUUCAUAAGUUUUGAUACAAUGAAGUUAGUGCCAGAAACUUCCUUUUGUCUAGAUCAAAUUCUAAUUACAGCUAAGUGACAGAUAAAAGAGGUUUCUACUCGAAAUUGAUAGAAAUCUCCUUGCUUUCCCCAUCCUUCAGAUAAAUUCUCACUUUGAUUUGAGGAAAAUUUGUUUGAAAAUGUAUGGUUCACGAAAUAAGGGCAAUUUUCAGAACUUCUCGCUACCCUAUACUUACAUAUGGAAUUUGUGCCUGCCUUGGCACAAUGAAACACAUAUGUUUAUCCUUUUCCCAUUUUCAAACUCAUUCUAAAAAUGUAAGGAGGUCCUUCUUUUUUUAGACAUGCCUUACAUAAUUCCUAGAAUAUUAAAACAUUCCCAUUAUUUAACAGGACCUUUGUUAGCAUUGUCCAACGAAAGUCAAAAGUUACUAUUGAUCUUCUGUACGUUAUAGUGCAUUCUGAUUUAGUCAUAUUUUGUUGCUGGUCUCUGCACACCAACCACUUUGAACUAAAAGCUGAUUGUGUGGUGGUUGAAAUAAAUGAUAAAUAGGUACUUGAAAUUUGUAAAGAAUGGAUACUAGGAGCCGCCGGGUCGAUUGGAGAGACGCAAGCGUCGGUCUUUGGAUUUGAUGUGCUUUUCUUUUUAGUGUUUUUCCUGGUUGGGUUACUUACCCAUUAUUACUUCUUGAAAAUACGGAGUUUUGACCAACGAUUUUUUUUUUUGGCGUGUCCCUCUUUUUUGCCCUUUCAUGGACUAAAAACAUUACACGCUUUCCCCAGCAGCCCCCUUGCUGUCUUGCUAAUUAUGUUAUGUGGUACUUCCCCUUUUAAUACUCUCACCUGUAACAGAAGGAAAGAAAAAUUCAAAAUUUGUUGAGUAUAUUGUCGUGCUCUCUAUGAAAUAAUAGCCGUGUAAACUGGUGUCUUGCUGGUAGCAGAAUUUGAUGCUUUUGUGAGAAUGGUAGUGCAGAAUUUGUCAAACGGCAACCAACUCUCAAAAUCCCUUCUUUGUCCAGAAAAGGGUGCAGCAACCUAACACUGCUUGAAGAGAGAACCGUUCCAGACUUUCGACAGGUGCUCAAUUUCUUGAGAAAAUGUUUCUUCUCGAAUACAGCACAUGCGAAGGUGUCUUGAUUUUUCAAUCUCUACCAUAGACGGCAGUUUUGAGGAGCUUUCAAUCAUUUUUCUCUUGAUGCUGCCUCUUUUGGGGCAUUUGAUUUGAUUUUUGCAACGGCCAAUGAACGGUAAUAUUUAUGCAAAAAUUCGUAGUAUUUUGUUGAAACUAGAAUUUAAGAGGUCUGUUAUUUCAUCAGGCGUUUUUAUCAGUGCUGAGCAAAGAACAAUUUCUUCAUUUUCUUCCGAAUUCGGUGUCAAAAUUUUGGACUGAUCAGGUUAUUUUGAUUUGCCAGUAGAAGUGAAAUCUGAUCCUUCCCACCAAGUUUUUGAAAAUUUUAAGCUUUUAGCACCUGCUCCUCUUGAAAUUAGAUCUGCUGGAUUUUCCUUCGUCGGCACAUAUUGCCAAACAGCUUUCAGCUCUUUUGUUGCUGAUCCAAUGAAUAACUGUCAUUGAAUCCGUCCAAAGUACAAUUUUGUGCGACUUUAUUUGAACUGCUUCCUUUACUUUGUACGCAAGAUCAGUGUAGGGUUCUGGGAGUUUUACACUCCAGAGAUAGAGGAAUAAUAUCAAGUCAAAAUAUUGGUGAUGAAGAAAUUAUAAUGUUUGAAUCAUGAAAUUUUUAGAAUUUAAGAAUUGGUAUAAAAAGGUCUUAGUAAGUAAGAAAUGAAAAAUUAGCAAAAUAAGUCAAAAAUACUGUUCAUAACAAAUGGUUAAGUUUCAAGUUAAAUAAUCUUCAAGAAGUUCAAAAUUAUUGAGUAGAAAGUAAAUAAAAAGCACGUAUUUAAGGUGAAUCACACAUUUCAUUAGAAGUAAGUUAAAAGUUACGUAAGUAAUUGUCGGGUUUGCUAAAAUCAGGAUAUUUCAACACAGGAGCUGAACAUAAGAGUGUUUUUAACCUUUCGAAGCUUUCAUUUGUCUCCUCACUCCAUCGAAAGGGUUUAUCUUUCUUAAUCAAUUCAAACAAGGGCUUAGCUACUAUACUAAACUCAGGGAUAAAUUUCCGAUAGUAGGAGGUGGCUCCUAUGAACCGGCGUACACCUGUUACAUCCUUGGGAGGUGGCAUUUUGGCUAUUGCCAUUACUUUGUUUUCAUCUACUUGGAUGCCUUCCUUGCUAAGUUUAUGACCUAAAAAAAUGACGCUUCUUUUAUUUUCUUUGAGAUUUUGAAUUUUAGCACUAAGUUCAGUUAUCAUCGCAUGCAUAUCCUGAAUAGCUUGACUCAUAACUACUUGUUCCUGUGGCAUCGUUACGUGAUCUAACUUACUGGGUUUAAACAUAAAAUAUACACAACAAUAAAAUUCAAAAGAAAUAUAGAAAUAAGAAAAAUUCAAAUAAUUCAAAUAUCAAAUAUGAUUUCAAUUCAAAAUAAAUAUAAAAUUCAAAUAAUUUCAAAAUGAUUGCAAAAAAAAGAAAGAAAGGGGUUUCAGUGGAAUAGUCAGACUAUGCAAUUACACUCACGGUAGACAAACAAAUCGUGCGAUCCACAUUUGAGCCGAAGAUGGCUGCUUCACUUGAUGUCACACUAAUAGCGGGUAAUGAGGGAAUCUGUUUUUCCUUUCAGUGGCUGAAAACACUGCAACUUCUUCUCUGUUUACGCCAGAACGGUGAGGAGUUGAAACCGGGUUGCGUCGUCUUAAAGCGGUAGCGAAAGGCGAUGCGAAAUUGUUCGAAACUGCUUUAAAUCGUUGAAACGAAAGACACGAGAUUCGGUAAAAAGGCGAACACGUAUCUAAGCAGAUCCUUGCCCGACUGCGCCAAUAAAAUACAAGUCCCGAAAAAUAAACUUUAAAAGAUUUAUUUACGGAACAGGGAUCACACAUACAAUCAAAACAUACGAUGCAAACAAAGCACAGAAGGCUUGCUUGAACUCUCGAUGAAUAUGACUGAAGAAUGAAUGACGCUGCGGUCAAAGCUGAAAGUGUAUAUAUAGGGCUUCAUUAUCAAUAGAGGAAUAAUGACGUAAGAUAAAGUGACGCAUAUAAUUCUUGCGAGGCCCAAUUUUCUGCCGGCACGUUGCAGAGCUUAAGUUGAAGUUCGAGACGAUCAAAAUAGUCCGUGAUUAACUCAGGAGAAUUAAGCUCAAACGAAGGAGAAUUUGGUAGACGGCGUGGCUUUUUGCUGUAGGUUAACUUGAGCAAGUUGGGAAACCAAAGAAGUGAGUGCAGAAAGUUGCUGUUGUAGCGAUUGGAGAUCGCCGCAAUGGCCGUUAUCAGCAGUGUGCUCGUCCGGCAUCGCGAGGAAAAUAAUAAUAAUAAUAAUAUAUAGCUUUAUUUGUUGUUUUGUGCACAUGGCUUUUACAAAUGCGUCAAACUUUCAAAACAUAAAACAAGAAUAAAUAUAUAAAUAACGACAAUGAUUUCGACAAAAAGCAAACGAAACUCGUGGAGAAUUAACACGGGGACAAAGCCCAUGCUCCUGACUACUACACUCGCGGUUUCCUCGUUAUAUUAUGGUAUGUUAGUUAUGUAAUGUUACUCACUCCUUUAUUUUUUGGCGGAAAUUCUUCAAGGGUGUUGCCUGAUUUGACUCCACUGGCAGUUCCUCAAUCUAAAAAAUGCGUAACAUAAAUAGGAAUGAGGAAGCACUCCUUUAUUUUUUGGCAGAAAUUCUUCAAGGGUGUUGCCUGAUUUGACUCCACUAGCAGUUCCUCAAUCUAAAAAAUGCGUAACAUAAUUAGGAAUGAGGAAGCACUCCUUUAUUUUUUGGCGGAAAUUCUUGAAGGGUGUUGCCUGAUUUGACUCCACUGGCAGUUCCUCAAUCUAAAAAAUGCGGAACAUAAUUAGGAAUGAGGAAGCACUCCUUUAUUUUUUGGCGGAAAUUCUUCAAGGGUGUUGCCUGGUUUGACUCCACUGGCAGUUUCUCAAUCUAAAAAAUGCGGAACAUAAUUAGGAAUAAGGAAGUAGAAAGGAAUAUAUUAGUACAGCCGUUGAGUACUGAAAGAACUUGAGCUUUUUGGCAACACAUACCACCGCAAAAACAAUUUUUUUUAAACGGCCACCUCAUAUUUAAAGUAUUUCCGAUUCUACAUAUUCUGAAUAAAAAAGGGAAAAGCCUUGAAACAGUUAAAACUGACUUUUCUCAUAAUCUCCUUUUAUACUUCAAAGGUUGCAUCGAUUCGUCAGUGUGUUUGGUAUUAUUUAAUUUUUCUCAGCGCAUUUUUAUUUAAAUGGUUCUAGGCCAUAUAGUUUUUAAAAUUUGUUUGUGUAACCACGUACCUUGAGCCAAACUGUUUGACACGAUCACUGAGUUUACUGCAAGUUUCACCUUUCACAUAUUGAUAAGGGUUUUGUACUCACUUUUUCUUCCCGAUGGAGAUUGAUGUUUUACUUUCAAGCGAUGCGCAUUUCGAGCUUUACGCUCAUCUUCAGGCUACAAAUAGAAAACUUGUACCGCGGCGCGGAUACGCGUCAAACAACGAAAAGCUAAAAUACGAGCGCACAACCGCACAUUUGACCACUAUUGCUAAAAUUUUUAAAAUGUAUAUAAAUUGGUAUAAAAACGGCUGAAUUAAAAUGGCCGAUAAAAUGACCAACCAAAAUUUCAACUUUCACAUAUUGCUCGAAGGAAGACUUGGGAAUACCAUUUUUUUUUGCUAUGGUUUGAAGCCCUCGUUUGCCAGCUUCAAUGUAUUCAGCAACUGCCAAGUUGAUAGCAUCUUGCUCAGUCUGGCCUCUUUCGCUCUUCUUUUUGUGAUAUUGAGGCAUGUUCACAGAUCUGGAAUGCAAAAUAAUAAUGUAAAUUACAGGCAAGUUCUUUUAAACGUGUCCAUUAUGACAAUUACACAAGAAGAAAGCAGAGGAAACUUCACCGAGAAGCGUUGGAACACUUUUGUUUACUGUCCUAAUCCUCCUCGAAAAAAGUGUCCCAACCCUCCUUACUAGACUUUCGUGUCAACAAAUGAACAUAAUCUAAAUUCUUAUCUUUGCAGUGCCAUGGCACUUGGUGGAAAACAAACCAAUGGAAUACUCAGUGCAUUAGUGCAAUCGCGGAUUUCAUAGCUACAAACAAUUUUCAGUAACUGUAAAUUUACUAUAGUUUGAAAAAACACAGUAAAUGAAGGCCAAAACAAACAAACUUACCUUAUAUAGGACCGGCUUGAUGAAACAUGACCAAAACUUCAUAGACAGUGGGGGCCGAUGGGUAGAACAUAAAUUCACCAGUCUCAAGUCAUCACUACCAACCUAAAAAAAAAAAUCUCAAAUGUCCCAACCCUCCUCCAUCUCCCCUACACCGUACAAAGGUUUAAAAUUAGUGGUAAAAGGUAAAAAAUUAGUGUAACAAGAAGAGCAGGGGCUGCGUUACAAACUAAGGGAACCAAACAAGGAGCCGAAAGCUGAGUUGACACUCUGCAACUGAGCCAAAACUGGCGUCAACUAUGCCGGUGUUGUUACUGUAACUUCUGCAGUCCACGGAAGUUGCAGCAUUAUUGAUGAGCGUCAAAAGUUUUACCCAAUUUUCAAUUUUCCAAAUACAUUUACAAAUAAAAACUCACCCAAUUUUUCCAUAGUUUCAUUGUGUUUUCGUCUGCGGUGAAUCCGUAAUUGUUCUCGUUCUGCACUUCUAGCUUCUUUUCUUGCCAGCUCCCAGUCAAGGCCGUACAUAUGACCUGGUCCUCCUUUUUCUCUUUGCUGAAUCAAGAAUUGCUUGUCUUCCUCAAUUUUCAUGUCCUCUAGUGCAGAUGCAAGAGCAAUGUCGAACAAGUUGUCCAAGUUUUCAGUAAAUGCACUCCCAUUAGUGAUAUUACCAGGCAAAUUUCGGUUUUUACUUUUUUCGAGUUUUCGCCAAUUUUUAUACAGCUUCACCAACUUUUUUGCGCUGUGAUGGUCUUCUUUUAUUGGAAUCUGUGCUUUAUGCCAAACGGAAGAGGCUUCCUUUAUAACUAAAUUUGAACACUCAUCAACCGAUUUGAUUUUCACUGGCGGCAAAUAAAAAAAUAACACAUGGAGAACAUUGCCACUUUUCCGUUAUAGUCAUAAUGUAUGGAAAAAGGGAACUUUCGUAGAAACUCGUAGCAUCUGAAAUACUCAUGCUCUACCCCUUUGAAUACAAAAUCAGAGGUCUCCUCUAAUGCAUAUUUACUAGACUUUGAUGUUGGGGUCCCAGCAACUGAACAUGUACCUCAUAAUGGGGAAAAUAUGGCACAAAUUGUGGCAAAGAGUCAGCAAUUACAAGAAAAUCCUCCUAUUGAUGACAUAAUUGCACCGCUUGUCCGACACCCAAGAAAUCGAGCUUUGUCUGAGAGGUAAUAAAACCUCUUAAUCCGACAUCCCAGUUUAACCAGUGAAAAAUUUUAUUUAUGGCUAGGUUUCCUCACAUGUGCUUAGAAAUACUCAAUCGUUGAAAUUUUUCAGUUCAUUUUUUUAAAAUUUGCCCAUGAUUUUAAUUGCCACAAAAUUCAAAACUAGGAUGAGAGAGGGGAGGGUAUGAAACACAAGCUAGCUAGGGAUUUCAUUGCAUUCUACGCUGUCCUGUGUUUUCUUCUUGCCUGUUUUUGUGCAUUCACCGUCUUAAAGCAUUCUAUCAGAGAGAGAGGAGGUGGGUAUUGGUGGACCCCAAUACUUCCCCUCUUGAAGAUAUUUGCUUUUGAUUUGUUUAUGUCAUAGAGGUGAUGAGUUUUCAAAAGAGACUUCUCAUAAAAAUGUAUUCAAAUCCAUGCCUUUGUAUUGUAUCUUUCUUUUUCGUUUAGUGCCUCACGUAUGAUAUUUGUAUCAGAAUUUUGAUUAUUUUUUUUUCGUUACCACUUGAAUUGGUCUCCAUACAAUCUUGAAGCACACAAGUACUUCUCUCUUCAUAACAUAAUUCUAGUAUUAUAUAGAGCUUCAAGUUUUGUCCAAGUCAACUUCAACACUUGUUUACAUGGAAAAUUCCUUUCAAAUAAAAUAUAAGCACAUAAGCUUUAGUUAGUACAACAGUUUAAAGUCUUUGUAACAGUAUGAACAGUAUUCAACAUUUGUUUGUUAUUAGAUUUAGUUUGGUCUAAAGAUAUCCUUCCCACCUUCAUUAUUAAUGAUGAAUAUCAAAAAGUUUAUGCAACUUUUGCAGAUAGAAUAUCUGGUCCGCUAAAGAUACUAGUUUUUGUCACUGAUUCUAGUUUAAAGAAUAACAUUUUUUAUUUAUCAGCAUAAUUUUUGUUGGUAGUGCUGUUAUCCAAAUGUGUUAAAAACUACAUAACAAAGGAGACUUUUUUUGUUCUUACAUGUAUUGGUGCUUUCUCUUUUUUUCGCCCAGCUCUCAGACUUUUAAGGGGUGGAGACAAUUGUUACUCUGAGAAAUUUUAGGUCAUUAAAGAGAAAACCAAAGCUGCAAUUUAAACGGCAAGCCGUCUGGGAAACUCCUCAGAAGGCCUGAAGAGGUUGUCUCUUAUUAACCAACAGUUCCUGCCAACUUAUGUACGUAACCUGUCGAUCUGGAUAUGAUUACUCUGUUGUGGAAAUAGCAUUGGUUGUUUUUCCUCUCAAAAUUGGGUUCAUUUUAAUUUGCAAAGAAAGAAAGAAAGAAAGUAGAAAUAGUAGUAGUAAGAUAAGCUUACUUUAAAGCGGUGCUUUAUCAUCUAAGGCCAUUUACACCUCUGUGUGUUUACAUAGAAAUCAAGGUUACAUCUGUGAGAAUACAAAAGGGUUGAGGGGGAAGAAAGAAAGGAAGAAAGUAGUAGUAGUAGUAAAAUAAUUUUAUUUUAAAGCGGUGCUUUAGCAUCUAAGGCCAUUUACACCUCUAAAGAAGGCAGUAACAGUAAUAAAUUUACAUGGAAAAAGAAAGAAAGAAAGCAAGAAAAGAAAAGAAAGAAAGAAAAAAGUAAUUAAGUAGUAAGAAUUUAUUGUUUUUCUCAUCUCAAAUAAGCAAUUAUUUAUGGAAAUCCUCAAAUUUUAAAACAUUGGAGGGUAGGGAUGAGGGUGACUGGCUAUCCGUCUCAACAUUUUAUGGCAAACGAAGUCUUGUGUUAUUAUUUAAGGACUAAAAAUGUUGGCAUCAGAUGAUCAGGGGAAUUUGGGGGAGCUUACCAGCCAAUCAGAGGUGGCAUCCUUCCUGUCACUUAGAGUCAGGUUUGCCGUGCAGCCUGUCGAACACAUCGCAAUUUUUGUUUUCUCUUUGAGGCUCUUUUGAAAUUUAGUCAGAGUUACUUUGUCGGUUUGACUUAAAACAAAUUAUUUGUGAUAUAAAUAUGCACUAAUAAAUCCUUCACCAAUAGUUUUUUAUCAAAAUAUUGUUGUAUUGUAAAAAAAUUAUCAUUUGAUUAAAUAUUCCAAACGUU